AUGGACGUUGUGAACGCAUUUAUUGGAUUAGCAGCUGCUAAUAUCAUCGGAUUGUAUGCUGUCAAUCGCCACAGAACCAUAGUCUAUUCGCAUAAGCGAAAAUGUGCCAGCGAAAACGACUUCACUGCAAUAAACGAGAAAAUUGAUAAGCUAUUAGUUGCGCUGGAAGCCCACGAAAAUGAGAUUGUAUCUGACUCUCAUGAUCAGGAGUGUGUGGCGUGUACAGUGGCUAAAGCAAGUACUACGACAUAUCCAUGUGGUCACAAUUACUUGUGUAGGCGUUGCUUUAUCAAAACUAUUCAAGUGGCAGUGGCGCAAAGAAAUCUACCAUUACGAUGUGUUAUGUGUCGCAGUGUAAUUGAAACAUUGAAAAAACCGGCGAAAAAUUCAAACUUUAAAUGA